CCUUAUGGACUCCCUCUUCCCUUUGACAAGCUCCUUUCUUGUUAAGCAGUUCCCUCCUUGGACACAGAGUUGGAUUAUGGAGCAGAAUUUGACAGACCUGCUGGGCAGCAUUGGCUCUGAGGACAUAUUGAUGAGUUACAUCUCACCAACACCUAACUCCUCUGCAGCCUAUGAAUAUGCCUUGUACUACUCAGAACUACACAUCAUCUGCAAUCCUGAAGGUAUUCCAGCAUUUGCAUCUACCUUAUUUCCAGUGCUGUACUCCAUACUGUUUGUGGCAGGCCUCGUGGGAAAUGCUUUGGUUGUUUGGAUUCUGACAGUCUCCAUGAAAAUCAAGACCAUGACUGACGUGUAUCUGCUGAAUCUGACUGUCUCUGACCUCCUCUUGAUAUUCUCCCUGCCCUUCUUGGUUCAGUACUCCAUUGUGAGCCAGUGGACUUUUGGAAAUGCACUGUGUAAAAUUAUCAGCUCAGUUUACUUCAUUGGUUUCUACAGCAAUGUCUUCUUCAUAACCAUCAUGAGCGUUGACAGGUACUUGGCCAUAGUCCACUCCCUCCAGGUCCAAGGGAUUCGGACAACUGCCAUUGGGUUUAUCACCAGUCUGGUCGUUUGGGCAGUUGCCAUUUUAGCAUCAAUGCCAGACUUACUUUUUUUCCAGGAAGUGAAUGACAAUAACCAGAUUAAGUGCCUCCCUCACUAUCCUGAUGGCCACAAUGGCUGGAAGACUUUCAGUAAUUUUUUAGUCAACAUCCUGGGGUGGCUAAUCCCUGUUGUUGUCCUCAUUUUCUCCUAUCACAGCAUCUUGAAAAACCUUCAGAAGUGCCAUACCAAGAACAAGUACAAAGCAAUUAAACUGGUUUUUAUUGUUGUCAUUGUGUUCUUUCUCUCCUGGACCCCUGUCAAUAUCGUACUGUUUUUGGACUCUCUGAGGAACAUGUCCAUCAUCGAUGACUGCCAGACAAGCCAAAGGCUAGACCUAGCCGUGGAGCUGACUGAGGCACUCUCCUUUGUCCACUGCUGCCUCAACCCAGUCAUCUAUGCUUUUGUGGGUGAGAAGUUCAAGAAGCAUCUCUGUGACAUUUUCAAAAAAUCUGCAUGUUUUCUGUCGAACUGCAAAGGCUACGGGGCUUUCAGUGGGCGCAGCCUGGACAAGCACUCCUCUCUGCACACAAAGUCCUCACAGUUGUCUUAUGUUGGCACUGUCUUGUAGAACAAAUCCAAAACUAUCAUCCUGGACAGGUGACCUAAAAUUGAGAAAUCCUCAACUGUGCAUCCACAGCCAUCGACUGUUUGAGCAACCUUUUAGGACACGAAAAGUAGAAGCAGCUGCUUGGUUUUGCUUUUAUUGUGGUUGCUUUUGGUGUUCUCACUUUUUAGAGGUUUUUUUUUUCUUUAAUCAUCCUCCCUUUCCCUUGGCACCUCCUGCCUUGCUUGAUUCAUGAAAUUACCAGCAGACUCCCACACUGCCAGAGCAACGUGGAGAGGUACCUCAGAAAUAUACCAUUCCCCCUUCAGACUGAGUACUGAAAAGAGCUGUUUAUGCUUCCAAACCCUGGACACUUGGCCAUUCCUUCUCUUGUCUCAGCAGAGUGUGAUGGCUUUGUGAGCAGGGAUGGGACUCACUGCAGAGGUAGAAACUUGCUCUUUGGAGG